AUGCCUGCACAUCUAACCGAGUCUCCCGACCGAAAUUUCGCAGCUAUUGAGCCUUUAACAGGGAGUGAUAAUUAUGCAACUUGGAAACAUCUUAUGACCUCCUACUUAAAGGCAAGACAAGUCUGGGAUAUCAUGUCCGGAGAUCUCCAACGUCCUAACUGCCUUUUUAAAUACGCAAAACCGAUUACGGCCGACAUUGUUCCACUGGUUGAUGAACGCCUUAUUGGAGCCCCAAGACAGAAGGCUAUCGAAGCUCGUCUAGAAGCUGAAGUCCAGGCUUUUGAGCGACAUCAGGAAUGGUCCAAACGUGAGGCUGAAGCCUAUCACACAAUCUUUCGAUAUCUUUCCGUCGAAAUCAGUGUUCAUGUUGCAGGGCUAGAAACGUCUCGAGAUCUCUGGAACGACCUUGAAGAGAGAUAUAGACGAAUGGAGCUAGCUACAUUCUGCGAACUUUUCGCCCAGCUCAAAGAAACCACUGGAUCUAGCUGCACUAGGUCAAUUGGGGAUCACGCACGAGUUGCAAUCCUCUUAACUCAGAUCGGACCGGAAUAUGCGCCGAUAGUUGAUGCCAUCCAAAAUGACAAGGAUCCGGCCAAUCCCGCCAUGAUUGGGAAUCGCCUUGCAAAUGCUGAACGGACAGUUUCAGCGAAGAAUUCUCCAACUCCUCCGCGCGGAGCACCGUCAGUUAACACAGUGAAGGCGUCUAUCAAGAAAUGCAAUUACUGCAAGAAACGAGGCCAUGAAGUCUCGAAAUUCUGGAAAAAGAACCCGCAUUUGCGCCCUAAGUGGGACACCGGUGUCAAAACAGAAAGGAGUGUUUCUGGCUCACCACAAAAUGAAUCACAUCAAGGCCAGGCAGAAGAACGGCAGGGCCCGCCGACUUCUUACAAGAGACCAAGGAUCAAUAUUGUGAGGGCGAGAGUGACGACUCUCUAUACCCACGCGCCGAAUCCCCGGUGGAUACUCGACUCUGCUGCUACUAGCCAUAUCUGUUGGGACCGGCACUGUUUUAGCAGUUUCCGGAUCCACCAUGAGAUGCUAGACACAGCGGGAGAUCCAGUUGAAGCUGAGGGCAUUGGCACCAUCAAGCUUACGCUCAGGGGGAAGAUCAACCGAACCCUGAUCCUCAAGAAUGUCUACUACGCUCCCCGAAUCGGGAUGAACUUGAUCAGCGUACCAAAGCUCUUGAGGGAUCGCUAUUCUAUGAUAGCGCACCCCCAGAACGUCUUUCUGCAACGCCGAGGGCGAACUAUAGGGGCUGCCUUCCAUACAGAAGAAGAUCUAUUGAUUUUGCGAUGCUAUGUGAGCAAGAGAUCCAGACCUCAGGUCCAACUGGCCAGGUCAUCAUCAUCUAAUAAUCAUGAUAAUUGUAUCGAAAUGGAUAUCGAUGAACCGCUAGAGUCAAGUGGUGCACCGAGCGCAGUGACCACCUCUGAACUCAACAGUGAAGCUCAGAUACUCGAUGAAGAUGCAAGCAGAGGAGUUGACCAGAUCCCUAAAGAAGCACUCUGGCAUGCUAGAUCAGGGCAUCUAAACAGAGGAGACCUAAGGACGGUCCUUUCUCAAACUGGCACUCCGUACCAACAACAGACAAGUGGCAGAACUUCAGGCAACGCCACAGUGCCCGGCUUGUAUGUCGGAAAUGCCAGUCGGCAAAGAUGGCUCUAG